AACAAAGACCGAACAGCUCCAGAAGGGAAACACAUCCUAGCCUCGAUAACCGAGUAUAGUCAGUCACUUAGUAUACAUACACAAACACACUACCAACCACCCAGGCCCGUUUACUGAACCGAGGGGAUAUUGUACGGAGUACGUCUUGUAGGGUCACAGACAGGGGUUGUGACGGACAUGGAGCCGGGGUUGUCGGUCGCCCGCCUCCAAGGGCCAUCAUGCAUGCCAUGGCAUGGGAUGCUUCCACACUUGUCACUCACUCUCACCCACUUCUGCCAGUCUCACCCACACCCACACCCACACCCGCACGCAGACGCGGACGCACACGCAGACGCAGACGCAGACGCUCACUAACACUCACACCUCUUGAGAGCCCUCUUUUCUCCUCCCACGUCUCUCCGCCGCUUCCACGUCGCCUUCCCUAUUUUUGCUUCUUGCCCUGUCUUGUCCUGCCCUCUCCUGCACCUCUCCUUCUCUUGGCUCCCAGCCGCUCCCUCCCCCCUGGAGCUAGUCGGUGACUUUCCCUCCCACGACCUUUUGUCCUCCUCGUGCAGGCCCCGACACUUGCGGCGAGGUCCCGCAUCACUUGGCUCUGCUCCAUGUCGUUGCAGCCUGCAUUCUACUCUCAUUCUUCAGAUCAUACCAUCGGGAACACUCUUGGCCUUGGAGGCAGAUCUCAUCGCCGUGCAACCUUGGUUCACUAGGGACAACAUUUCCCGGAGGCCCGGAGGGCUGGAGGUAGACCGGCAGACAGACCGGCAGACACACAGACAGACAGGCCAGCAUCGUUCCUCUUGGAGGCUUGGAAGAGUCUUGGGAGCCUGCAGCAAGAGGGGCAAUCCCCCCAAGGCCCGAUCCCCUCUCGUCAGAGGCGAACAUGUAGGGUUGUCAACCCACGAGUAGAAGGAGCAGGAAGAUCAGCCAGGCGAGCGCCAGUCUUGACGCCUUUCGCAGCCAAGACGGAGGAGGGCCGGGAAGCGACUUUCGGUCCACGCCGCCGCGGACCGCGCACCGGCGACAUCACCCGGCGAUGGACCCAAGUGGUCCGGAUGAGGACGCCUCAGCCACAUUCUUCAACCAUGCGGUGGAGCUGGCACCCAUCGACAACCGGCCGGCCAAGGUCCGCCGGCUGUCGAUGGAGGAGGACUACCUGUACGAGCAGGUCAUGACCUUUGCCCAGCCCCCCAGCCCGCCCGCCUACCACGUCGCCACCCACGGCACCUACCAGGGCCCGUCGCGGAAGGGCAGGGAGGCCGUCCUGGGCGGCGAGGGCAGCCCGGCCGAGGACGAGGACGUGCUGCCGCGGUAUUACUGCGACGUGCACAUGGAGAACGUCUUCCAGAUGAAGAUGGAGAUCGAGGACGCCGUCAAGAGGGCAGAGUACAGGAACUGGCGAACCAUGUUCGUCGUCCUGCACGGCACCGCCCUGCACGUCUACGGCUCCAAGGACAAGGGCUGGAGCUGGAGCAAGAGCAGGAUGCACGGCCCGGACGUCAAGCCCGACAACCCCCCCUGGCUGAGGAAAGGCACCCUGGAACGAAGUUACAGCCUGCAGCACGCCGACGUGGGGAUCGCGGCUGAUUAUCACAAACGACGAUAUGUCAUACGAAUAAGAGCAGAGACGGACCAAUUCCUCAUCUCGUGUGUGGAGCUCGAGACAUUUGUCAAGUGGCUCGAGUGCCUCUUCGCCGCCAUAGACGUGGCGGCUCCCAUCGACGAAAGGGACUUCCCAAGGGACCAGAGCAUCCCCCGGAUCCAGAGGCUGCGAUGGCUCCGCGGCCAAUACUCGGCGCAGGCCACCAGCAACGGCGGCAGCUUCCAGCAACUGACCGAGUCCCUGAUGUCGAUGCCAGAAUCCCACAUCGACUCGGGCAUGCCAGUAGAUCCGCCCGCAGACGUCGAGAUGUCGGCGGGUGGGCCCCCGGGGGUAGACCUUACGAACGGCGCGGCAGACAUAGCCCCCUGGGAACAGUACCACCCACCGGCAAACCCACGACAGAGCGUUGUCCCCGCCCGCCGGUUAUCGAUAUCUUCAUACCACAACGAGGGUGUCGAGCCUGAGACGGGCAAGUGGCGCCCGCGACACCUAUGGACCUCGACGCACGAUAUGGUAUACGCCAAGCUCUGUUACGCCGUGCUCCUCUUCAAGAGCCCUCGCAAGUCCAACUUUGUCAUCUUCAAGGGCCAGAGGUGGCACAUCGACUGGUCCACGGGGCAAAUGUCCAGGGUCCAGCCACCGUCGUACGGUGAGCCCGAGUUCUGGGGCCCAUGGCAGGUCAUCCACGCGGAGAACCCGCGCUUCUGAUUCCUGUUUACCACAAGAGGCUUCGACAGGUCCGAUGUCUCUGAAUCAACAACAUCCACCUCCUAAUUUCCUUCUUCUUCAUCAGUUGGGACAUGAUUUUUGUGUCAAGGGAGCCAAAAGGGUUGCAUCUGUUGCACUUACCGCAUUGAGAGGCCGUCUUGGCCGGGCGUUCAGAAAUGACCAGAUGCGUUGUUACUAUACCACAAUAUACCUCCUCUUUUUGCAUUUGGGAAAAUAGGGACAGCAUCGGAGGCAGAGAAAGGCUGACAGUGAGCCAGGAGGGGAGAGCAUCACACGUUUUGAAGCGAGCAUUCUAGCAAUACCCAGACGCUCCCCGCAACCGGCUUUGCUGCUUCUAAUAAGGGGUGGUGACAUCUUGUAUAUAUGGUUGAUAAUCGCAACUUGAAAUUGGUAUCAUAUUGCAUCCUGCUAACCCUCAUGGGGGUUUUCACCCAGGACGAGAAACGCCUCCCAACGCCUGGUAUCUUCGUAGUAACCGUGACACUCGUAAGAUGCAACCAACUCCACAAGCAACCUUGCACGCCCGCGUUCCUCAUGAAUCGUAGACUCCGGUACGGCACAGGAUAGCAUGCAUAGUGACUUGUCACGCGCGCGCAGUCCAACCCGCGCAUCACGGCGCAUCACGCAUCCGUCAUCUCAGCCUCCACAGCCACCGACUCCCUCGCCAGCUCCUCGGCGGGAACAUGAUCCAGCAGCGCCGCCGCCCCGUCCACAUCGGCCAGCGCGCGCUCCAGCGCGCCGAGCAGCUCGUCCACCUCUGCCCGCUGCUUCUGGAUCUCGUCCCACAGCGCGACAUUGGCCGCCUGCGUGUUCUGCAGCCUGGCAUUCAUCUGGCUCUGCUGGCUCGCCAGGUGCGGCGCCAGGUGGGCGGCAAGGAUGGCGUCCGCAGGGAGCAUAUGCGGCGGCGUGGGCUUCAUGUCCCCCCCGUCGUCGUCACCGCCCGCGUCGGCGCCCCCCUCGGCCCUCUCCUUCCCCUUCCCCUUGGCCGUCCUCCUCCUGGCAGCGGAGGCGUGCGCCCGCCGCCGCCUCUCCGCGUCCGAGACCAGGCCCUCGAGCUCGUUGAGCUUGGGCACGACGUUGUACCGCGCCUGCACGCGCCCAAACUCCUGGUUGCACAGGUCCGCGAAGCGGUCCACCAUGGACCGCUGCACCUGUGCCAGCACCCCGGGGGCCUGCGCCGCGACCGUCGGGUAGCACGAGGCGAAGUUGUCGGGCGAGAUCUUGGUCAGCGUGUGGUUCAGCGCGAGGCUGAACAUCUCUUGGAACCGCUGCGCGCGGGGCCCCGGCGUCGCUGCUGUGUGCCGGGACGGCAGGGGCGGUGAUGCCGGCGCGGCUGGUGCUUCUGCGGCAUCUGGGGAUGAUGAUUGGGGUUGCUCGCCGUUCUCGUCGGCCGGGGCGGAGGUGUUGUCCUCGGCUGGAGGUUGUGAUGACGAGCCUUCUGUGGCCAUGAUGUUUAAGAGGUUUGGCUCGAGCGAUGCGUUGCCUGCGAUUACAGUCCCAUUUGGAUGUGAUCUUCUCCGAAUUGCCAAAUACGGUCCAACGAUGCCGUCAACUCUCCUGCGGUCAAUUGAUUUUAGUGGUAAGCUG